AACAGUUUUAGGAGAGUUGAGAGAGGUAAAAGGAAAUGGUGAUGAAGAGACUGUUACUGCUGCUAAAACCUUUAAGCGUAUCUUCACAAGCUUCCCACACCCACCCUCAGCCUCAGGUAUUCGAUGGCUUCUUCCCAAAUCUUAAUAUUGGUUGCAUCCACCAUGUUUGUUUGUUUCCUUUUCUUUUCAUAUUCUCUUUGACAUGCUUUGUUAUCCACUUCUUGCGAUGGUUUUGUUUGUGUUACUGAGUCUUCUUCUAGAAGACCUCGGUUCCCAUGUGCAUACUUCUUGCUUGACAAAAUGUCAAUGUGGUGGGGUUUGUUUGGCUGUCCUUGGUUGGAAUCUAAAACGGGCAAGGUGGGAAGUCACAAUGAUCAAACAUUUAUCUUACAGUUUUUGGAGAGUAGGCAUAAAGUGCACAAUGAUGCCAUAAACUUUUGUCAAGCAAUUCUGCAGAAAAAGUCAGUUGAAUGGAAAGCUGUGCGACGUAACAACUUGUUUCAGCCCAUCAAUGAUGUGGAUCUAGUUGUUACAGUUGGUGGUGAUGGAACUCUUCUGCAGGCUAGCCAUUUUAUGGAUGACAAAAUUCCUGUUCUUGGACUGAAUUCUGACCCUACUCAGAUUGAUGAGGUGGAACAGUUGAACAGUGAGUUUGAUGCUACCAGAAGCACCGGCCAACUUUGUGCUGCAACUGUCGAAAACUUUGAACAAGUUUUAGAUGGUAUACUUGAAGGUCAAAUUGUUCCUUCAGAGUUAACAAGGAUCAUGAUAUCUGUUAAUGCAUUACACAUGUCAAAAUUUGCUCUCAAUGAUAUCUUAAUUGCACAUCCUUGUCCUGCUUCACUUUCUACGUUCUCCUUCAGAAUCACAAAGGGUGAUCAGCCAUGUUCCCCUCUAGUUAACUGCAGAUCAAGUGGUCUUAGAGUUUCAACAGCUGCAGGUUCAACAGCUGCAAUGCAUUCUGCAGGUGGAUUUCCAAUGCCCAUUUUAUCUCAGGAUCUCCAGUACAUGGUAAGGGAGCCUAUUUCACCUGGGGCAUUGUCAGACUUUAUGCAUGGGUUGAUUAAACAUGAGCAGACAAUGGACACGACAUGGACUUGUAAAAAGGGUGUGAUAUAUGUUGAUGGUUCUCAUGUCAAAUAUACCAUCCAAGAUGGGGAUAUCAUUGAGAUAUCUUCCAAAGCACCAAUUCUGAAAGUUUUCUUGCCACAUCAGUUGUUAUUGGUUGAAAAACUAAGGUAAAUUAUAUAGCAACAUGAUAAUAUGCAGAAUUUGUAGGAGGAUUAGCAUAUCCAAUGAAAGAUUUAGGCUGCAUGA